AUGUCGACGGCGCCAGAUUUGAAGAAUUUACCUUCCAAGACCAAAUUUUACAAUAAAUUUGACACGGGCCAGUAUGAAUCUGGGUAUAGUAGUGUUUGGCCAAGCGAUUGGGAGAAUAAACUGAGCGGUAAAUUAACUGAAUAUCCUGGACCUCUUAAUAUGAAGGAAAAAAUCAUGAAGGCCUAUUGUUAUGGGUGUAAGAAAAAAGUGGAAUACGGGACUCAGGAUGGGGAGCAGCACCUGAAGGAUGCACCAUGUCGUUUUUUUUAUUAUUGGUUGGGGAAUAUCUUCCUUCAGGAUGGGAGUGGAUAUAAUUUCUCGGACCUCGUGGAUGCAAUUUACCAAGCAUUCGAAGGUACUACCUGUGCAAAUGGAUGUAAGGUUAAUUACAAAGACGACAUUCCCCGGGUAAUGUUCAAGCUGAGGAAAAUGGUACAUGAUUUCUUUUAUGACUAUGUUACUAUAAAUACGCAUGCAAACCAUUAUAAGACUAACGAGAAGGAGGAAUAUCUGAAGUACCUGCAAAUAGUUGGUGCAGCAUGUAGGCUUGUGGGUGCAGAUUGCCCGGGGGGGAAGGAAGAUGAAAGUGGUACAUACUGUUACGAUUUCAAUAAAAAGUAUAAGAAGUAUUGUGAAACAGAACUGAAGGAACUGCAAGAACAAUUGAAGACUUGUCUCAAACCAAAUCCAAAUCCAAACCAAGCAGGAAGUAGUGGUUCUUUGAGUGAUGCUCAACAAGAGGGAGAUGAUUUAAACAAGUGGUUACCUUCAAAAGUGACGUACGAUGAAAUUGUUCGUACCACUGUCUCCUGUGGGGACGAUGGUAAGUAUACAUCAGGAGUAAAGGAUGUAUUAAAGAAUCAUAGUGAACUUUUAAACGAUGCCGAUAAAGUUGCGCAAUGGUUUUGUUACCCACAUGGAAAAAAAGACACCUUAUCGGGGGAUGAUUCACCUUGUUAUUAUUUAUAUUAUCACGUGGGGAAUACGUUCUCCAGGCACUUCCAGAAUGACACAUUAUUUUGGAGCUUUAUGGAUAAAAUGAGGGAAAAGUUGAAGGAUGUGGUUGCCGAUGAGAGUGUAUGCAAAAUUGACCUUAGCCACUUUAAGAAGGAUCUUUUCAUAUGGGAGAAGAGAGUGUAUGAUUAUUACAGAGACCAUGAUAAAAUAAAAGAAAAAUUAGGGGAGGACGAUUACUCCUGUAGUACAGAAUUGGACCAAUAUCUGACAGAGGCAGCCAUAGGAUAUAACCUUAUAGAUAUAUACUGCAGUGGCAAUACGUCCAAGAAGGGAGCGUACUGCUCCAAAUUCAGAAAUGAGUAUGGAAAAAACAAACCUGAGGAACUCCUAAGAGAAAAGUGUACAUCGCAGCUGGCAGAGGAACGUUUAGAGCUUUCGAAAAUUUUAAGUUUAAUUAUUGACGGAGAAUCAGAGAACGUGGCCAACGCCGCCUCCCUUCCGACAGACACCACCUUCUCUUUCGCCACAGGGGAAACGGACAUCAAAGGCAUUGCCGCCACUGCAACGUCUAGUGGACUUGCUUUAGUGGGUCUUCCUGCCAUUGCAUAUUUUUUAUAUAAACACACUUCCUUACCUUUUUGGUUACGCGAACAAUUUGGUGGAAGGAGCAACCGCAUCAGUAGCAGUCAAAGGAGGGCGAGAAGAUCCACUGGUCCUGACUUUAGUAAUUUUACAGAAGAUGUUUCUACCGAAGUGCCAACGGAAUAUUCAUCAUACCUGUCGACAGUAUACCCACUGGAAGAAUCCAUAGAAGAUAAUUCUACCACAUAUUAUGAAGAAUCGCCGCAAUCACAACCCAGACGGCGUGGGCAACAACAAGGACAACGAAGAAGACGAGGACCGCCACCACCCAGAAGAAGGGAAAGAACAGACAAUGAAUAUAGAUAUGGAAGUGGCCAAAAUAUUAGUUAUUUUCGCAUGUAA